UAUGUAAACUUAGUUAUUUUAGUUCGGACUGUUACAAAAUGCAGGUGGGUAUUUUUAUCCUUGUUUUGUUUUUGAUACCUUUGGUCUCAUCCUUGGUGAUACAAGGCCCUGAAAGCAGCCAAACUCUUCCUGCUGGAACUCAAAGAGCGACCUUAAAGACAAAUCUGGGAGAAUCGUCAAUAAAUCCAAUAGCAGGUUUUGGAGCUUCUUCUUUCGGAACACCACAAGGUUCUUUGGGAACGCAGGGCUUUUCCAAUGGAUUCGUUACCGGUAGCAACAGUCCAUUUCCACCUGGUUUUAGCGGUUUUCCUUCAGGGAGGGAUAACUUCGGACCGUUUAGUGGCUCUUUCAGUGGUCCAGUUAGUGUAGGAACACCACGGUCCAAUACUGGCCGCAGUCCUUCAUCAGUAAGUUCUCGGUUUACAAACUUGCCCGUUGGUUCAAAUCCUUUAGAUCCUUUCCUUGGAAUUUCACCAAUAAAUACGGGUCGUAGUGUAUCACCCAUACGUCCACGUACUGGAAAUAUACCGGUAGGCACAAGACGGAUAGGACCGGUGAGUCCUAUCCAUAUGUUCCCGGGUUUUAUCGGUAGUCACCGUCAGGAUGUAUCAGUCGGUUCAAACCGUCACAGCACACCACACAAUCCCCAUCAUCAUGAUGUACCGGCCACUUCACACACUCAUGAUCCACACCAUACCGAUGUAAUUGUAAAAGAUCACCAUGGUCAUGAUGUUCCAGUGAACCCUCACCAUACCGAUGUACAUGUAAAGACAGAUCAUCAUCAUCACCAUGAAGUAAAAGCUGUACACGUGACAACAAAGAAUCAUCGUGGUGAAACAGUGCAUGUAAAUCCUCAUCAUGGUGAUGUGCAUGUAUCGAAAAAUAACCACCACCAUGAUGUACCGGUAAAUCCUCACCAUGUUGAUGUUCAUGUAUCGAAAGAUAAUCACCACCAUGAUGUACCGGUAAAUCCUCACCAUGUUGAUGUUCAUGUAUCGAAAGGCAAUCAUCACCAUGAUGUACCGGUAAAUCCUCACCAUGUUGAUGUUCAUGUAACGAAAGAUCAUCAUCAUCAUCAUGACGUCCCAGUUAAUCCUCAUCAUGGCGAUGUCCCGGUGAGCUCUCAUGGUCCUCAUGCCGGAGAUGUUCACGUGGAUGAUUUUAAUAUUUACAGUCCUAGACAUAAGAUUGGAGACCUUGUACCGAUCAAUCAUCAUGGUCCACACCCACCACCGCCGCCCGCAUUAAAUGGCCCGGAAUGUCAGUUCAGUGGUUGUACCAUAGGCCAGGAGUGUGUGAUAGCCAAGACCAUGAUCACACGGAGUGCCACUUUGUGCCCCCGGGCCUACAGCGGCAGAUGCGUUUGUGUCCCAGGAUGCAUCCACGACCAGAAAUUCAUCCCCCAUGCCUAUCUUAAAUACGAGGGGAAAUGCAAAUACUGCAAGUGUUUUCCAGAUGGUCGGGUUGAGUGCAAAAGAUCCCGAGCAUGUAUGGCAAAAGUGGAGGAUCAAAGAAUUCAUAGACGGAUUCGAAAAACUCAGAGGAGGAAUCGACCUAGAAUAAAUUUAGGAGGGAUUCUCAACAGAUUUAUGGAAACUCUGUUUGGAAAGAAAUAGCUUCAUUUUGCAAUUUACAUUGUAAAUCGUAUUUUUAUCGAGGCAACUUGUUCUUUCAACUCGUGUUUCCAACAAUGACAUUGGUAUGUACAUGUAAGCCUGAUUAUAAGCAUUAAAAAAAGUAUCGUGACUCGUGAACAAAAACAGUUCUAGUGUGCGAUCAGACAGUAUAGGUAAAGUAUGUAUUUUGAUGUCAAGAGAUUGAAACAGGUCAAAAUUCUUUAUAGCAAAAACAAUGUGUUUGUUUCUUUUGAAGUACAUGUACAAACAUUGAAGUUUAGUAAAAUACUUCCUGCUAACAAUUGUGUUUCUUCCGAACAAAAAAAACUCAAUACAGUUAUAGAAAUAUUAAGUUUAAUUCUACACUUUUUCUUUAUCUGUUAAUAUUAAUAUGAUUUGUCAUACAUAUUGUAUCAUCCAAUGGAUGGACGAUUUUCAUUCAUAAACUGUUUUUCUAAAAUGUUA